CCGAGGGAAAAAGAUCCCGCGAGAAAGGAAGAGGAGCGACCAACCUCAACCGCCUCGAUCCGGUCCAUGGACGCGGCGAUGGAGGACGCGGGGGCGCCGCCCGGGAGUGAUUGGGACCGCGGCAGCGGCGGGGCCGAGGCGGUGCUGGGCCUCGCCGGCGCCGGCGCCUCGCUGUCGGUGUGCUACCACGAGGCCUUCGGCCCCCAUGCCGACCUCAUCCUCCUCGAGGCCGGCGACGACCUCCUCCCCGACCUCCUGCAAGGCCGGGUGACAGUGAGGGGACGCCCUGAAGAAGAAGCUGUUCUCUGCACGCCUUCGGCGACCUACGCUAUGAAGUUCGUCGGCACAUCCAACUCCAUGUUCCUCAUACCACCCGGCGAAGCAGUUGCAGCAAGCCUAAGGCCUGACCAUACCAACGAGGAUGCUACCGUCGCCAGCGAUGCGUCUGCUUCGAUCAUCAAAGUUGCACCAGGGAGCAUCGAGUUAGUCCGAACAGCUCCACGGCUCGACAAGCUCAGGAGCCUUCUCAGGGAGAGGCCAUAUGUGCUUGAUGAGGAUCUUGGUGAUGACUCUGAAGAUAAGAAGGGGCUGUACACAUGGGAAGACCUCUGUGUGCUUGUUCAGUCAAGCGACAGCGAGCUGCUGGAAGGGCUGAAUUCCCUCUCAGCUGUUGAGAUUGAUGGGUUCUGGAGGACGGUGGAUGUCAAUUCUGUCAACACGGUUUUGGACAUGAUUCUGCACAACUCCGUGCUGCAUGAUUGGCUGCUAAAUGCUUUGCCAGAAAAUGGUGUGCUAUCUGUCAUGGAAUCUGACGGUUUUACCCAUAAGAUUGUAGCCCAUUGCCUCAGCAGAUUCGGCACGAAGGUUGAGCAGGAAGCAGGAAGUUGUUGGAGGCUUGAUGAGAGACUGGUCUGCUUGCAGUUUGCUCGAAAAGCGCUCAGCGCAGGAAAGAUGAAGCUCAACAACUUCAUGGAUAAAUGGGAACGAAGCAUCCCUUCAGGAAUGCGUGCAGAUCUUCAGAUGCUCGAAGGGGAAGUACUAUAUGAAAGGCUUGGGGCUGAGACCUGGGUGCAUGCUUUCAGUGUCGCUGAUCUGCCAUUGACGCCAGCUGAAAGGUUUGCGGCACUGUUCGGGGAGCGGCCAAGGUGGGAAUGGAAAGACCUGCAGCCCUUCAUCAGGGACUUGCGCGUACCUGGUGCGUCUUCAGAAGGGUUGCUGAUCAAGUAUGCAAGAAGAACACAGCCAAGCGCUGAUGCCGAUCCUAUUUUCACUGCUAGAUGAUCAACCUACCCUGCUACAAUCAAUGUUUUGAUCAUGGCCCUUGCUGCUGCUGGUAAACUCUCGGUGCUGCUGCAUUUGACCGGGAUGUUGUCGACAACAGAAGAUUGCUGUGCAGGCAAGCUACACAAAGGCGAUGACGCAAGAGGAUUCACUGAUCCAUAAAGUGUCUGUUCCUGCUUCUGUUGCAGACAACUAUGUUACCUGAAUUUCUUUUCAGCUUUGUCUAGAGAUGCAAUAUCUGAAUCUGGGUGCACUGCACACUUGUCGCAUGUUUAUUCUAUAUUCUGAAUUUCAGCAUGUAAGGUCGGUUCUAGCUGGUUAUUUUUUCAGAUGUUGGCUUCAGAAUGAGUAACAGUGGAAGCGACGGUAUGCGUCUGAAAACUGAAACUGGAUCCCAGGUUUUGGGCAGGUUGCAACUCUGUUUAUUGUGGGAGUCGAGUCAUUUCUGUUGUGAUUCAUCUGCAUUUUAUACGAACAUCAGAAUCUAUUGUUGUUUGAA